UUCGGAUAAGUUUUUUACGCAUACAUUUUUUAAUUUUGUCUAAAUAGCAUGGUUUUCAGACAGUAUAGUGACGCUAAUAGAUAUGUUGCGCUAUGCGAAUGAUAAGCCAAGUAUGAUUAUCAUUUCGAUAUAAUUGGCGACAAUAGCGACGCACAUAUGCGGCUCACAUACGCACUGCGUCCCGUGACACUACUUGCCAUGAAUUCUCAUUGACUUCUCUGUAAUACUGCCGAAUUCGCGCGGGUGGCGAUCUUAACCUUUUAUCGAUUAUACUCGGUAUCAUGGCUUUACGUCGUGGCAAACGCAAUCUGAAGUUGCAAGUCUCCGAUGAAGCACCUGCACCAGUAACUCCACCAAGAAAUUUAGACAAACGGACUACCAUUACUAUAGAUGAAAAAACAUUUGUUGUAGAAGCUGAUGAUUUAGAAACACUUUGUGUACUUGGUCGUGGAGCAUAUGGAAUUGUUGAUAAAAUGCGACACAAACAGAGUGGCACAAUUAUGGCUGUUAAGGUAUUGUCAAAAUGAGCAAAUACACAAGAGCAAAAGCGGCUGCUCAUGGAUUUAGAUAUUUCUAUGCGUAGCUCGGCAUGUCCCUACACAGUACAAUUCUAUGGAGCCUUAUUUCGAGAAGGAGAUGUAUGGAUAUGUAUGGAAGUAAUGGAUAUGAGCCUUGAUAAAUUUUAUACAAAAGUGUAUAAACAUGGUCGUGCCAUUCCUGAAGAUAUUUUAGGAAAAGUGGCUUUUGCGGUAGUGAGCGCGCUGCAUUACCUCUAUUCACAAUUACGAGUGAUUCAUAGAGAUGUAAAACCUAGUAAUAUCUUAAUUAAUCGGAAGGGCGAGGUAAAAAUUUGUGACUUUGGUAUAUCGGGUUAUCUUGUAGAUUCAGUUGCUAAGACUAUCGAUGCCGGAUGCAAACCAUAUAUGGCUCCAGAAAGGAUAGAUCCGUCAGGUAACCCAUCACAAUACGAUAUCAGAUCCGAUGUUUGGUCAUUAGGAAUUUCCCUCGUUGAAUUAGCAACUGGUAAAUUCCCAUACGAGUCAUGGGGUACACCGUUCGAGCAACUGAAACAGGUAGUCAAGGAUGAAGCCCCAAAAUUACCUGUGGGCAAGUUCUCUCCUUCAUUCGAAGAAUUUAUUAAUAAGUGUCUAAUGAAGAACUACACUGCCCGCCCAAAUUACAGUCAAUUACUAGAACUCGAUUUUAUCAGAGAAUAUGCCCAAAAAGAUACAAAUGUGGCUGAAUUCGUUGGAGAGAUUUUAGACUUACCGGAAAACGAGCAACCGGUAUAGUGCAUACGUCAUUUUGACGUGGCUUGCAAUAUAAUUUGACGUGUAACUUGUAUUUUUGCAAGACAGUUAUGUGAUUGGCAUUGUCAUAUGUAAUUUAUAUUCGUGAAUCGCAUUUGAUCAUUAUGUCGCAAGAUAUAAUUGGCACUUGAAUAAUUUAGCCUUUACCAUCUUUAAUUUUUAAUAAUCACAUCACACCAGUAAGUAAUCUGGUACACACCAUUGUAGCAUUUAUAGGUUUGGUCUAAAAAUAAUUGUGCCUACUUCAGUCUUAAUCUUGUGAAAGCAAACAUUGGAAAUAAUACGCACAUGUUUUUCUACAUGAUAAAGCGAUACAUGUUAACAUUUGUGGCAUUGUGGUAAUAAUAGAAAGUAAGUAAAGUCUUAAUAGAAAUGUAUCUUGUCGAGAUAUAUGCGCAUCUUUAAAAACAUAGGUUAGAAGACCAAUUUAUUGUAACACUAGAGUGUACAUAAUAAUUAAUUUGAUUUUUUUAGAAAACAGCUCCAUUUAUUAGCGAUCAAUUGUAAUAAUUAUAUAUACUAAUA